UUAUUUUCACCUGACUUUGCUAAAUUUUUCAGAGUGACUGUUAUAUUCAGACUUUUUUCUGAUUAAUUUAUGAACAAUUUACGUUUUACUGCAAUUUAUUUGUUAAUUUCAUUGUUGAUCUAUCCAAGUGUUUACCUUUUGAUAGUGCUUUGAGUGCCAUUGUCACUCUAAUUAGUUGAUUGAAAAAGCUAUCAGCAGGACUUCCAAUAUGAAUACAAACUUUGAAGCUCGUUUUAUGGUUGCUUUGAAAAGAGCCAAUUUAGUGGAAAAAUGUCAAGAAUUGAGUUUAUUGAUACAAGAAAGUCUUUCUGAAAAUUAUAAGUUGGAUAUUCAAAAUUGUUUCCCUAGCAUUGUUGAAAAUUUAUUUGCCUUUGGCUAUCAAAAUGACAGUAACAUCAAUCUUAGGUUUAUCUCGAGUCAAACUCACCAAGCCGAGUUUCACAGUUUACUCAAUUUAAUGCACCCAGAAGGACCUCUUUUUCAAUGGAUUAGGUACUUAAUGAAAGACCAAUUGGCCGGUUUUUAUUUUCCUGUCUCAUGCCUUCCUCUACCAAGUAGAUGUUUAAUUGAAGAAGGCUUACCAUCAGAAUUUUAUCUUAAUCGAUUGGUAUCAGAUGGAACAUCCGUAGUCCCUAAUCGUGUAUCUCUUAAUGCGUUCGAAUUUUUCCUCUUUCAUCUUGCUCACUAUGUACACAGCUCUAAAGUUAUGCAAAAUCUAGACAAUGGAAAUCCUGCCAAUAUUCUUUAUAUCACUCUUAUUGAAAUGUACCUUAAUUAUUUUGUUCCUUUGGAAUCUUCUGCUGCUAAAAGCUCAUCAUCAUCAACCAUGCCAGAGUCACCAUCCUCAUUGUGGCAAUCGCUAUCGUCAACUUUUCAUCUUAACUCAAGUCAAAACGGUGGCUCUCUUAACUUACCCAAAACAUCUUUACUCAAUUUAAAAAAGCUUCUAAAUCGGCCAAAUGAGAUGACUUAUUCUAAUCAAGCAAAUAACACCAAAAUCUUAGACCCACUUGGUUCCAAUUUAAACAAGGCGGAAACAAUUAUCACGAUUCUAAUUGAGCUAUGGGUCAAUGUAAAAGUUCCGCAACACAUUCUUAAAAAAAUGCCUUCCCAUACUCAACUUCAACCCUUAUUGGCCCACAAUCAAGAUCACAUGAGAUGUGUUCGGAUAUUGAUUAAGCAUUUACACUACUUUGUUAAUUCGUUGAUCAACAAAAAACUUUCUUUGAACGUUUCCCUCUUUGAAAAUCAUGAGUUGGAUGAAUUGAAAGAAAACAUCUGGAGCAGCAAGUAUAUCUUCCUCCGUAGAUUUUAUAGUUUCAUCAGAGUCUCAUUUGACAAAUGGCCUCUUGACGCUUCUUUUCGAUUACCAUUGGAGGUUUGGUUAAGUUUUAUUCAGCCAUGGCGAUACAUCGAUCCUUCUUCUGGUCGAGCAAGUGAUGAAGGAACUGAUGCUAUGCAUGGGGAUAGUAAAUUUUCAGAUAACAUGCCAAUCGACCCUUCAUGGAAGCGCUUUAUCGAUGACAAUCUCUUUUUCUACACUGUCAUCUUCCGACAAUUAAUUCCACGAUUUAUGAGACUUGAUUUAAGUUCAUCAAUUAACACAUUCAUGCUGUUCAGAGUGAUCAAGGUAUACCAUCAAAGUAGUUUAGUUUCAAUGAUAAAGGACGCAGAGAAAAACUUUGAAAAUAACUUGUCACCAAAUAAAUCGAUGAACUCUCGUCUCUCUAUGAUAACAAAUUAUAGAGGUUCUUGCCAUUCUCCAAUCUCUGCUGGACUUAUUUACCGCCAUCCACUUUUAGAAUGUGAACCUAAUGAUUUCACCUAUACUCGUCUAUUCUCUGAUUCAACUCGCAAUGAAUUAUCUACAUUACUGAGAAAAAUAAUGGUCACUCGGAAGGAGCUUACAGAAUACAUAAAAUCUCAUUCAGCAUCUUCUACAUCAGAAGAAGCAUUUAGCUUCAAAAAUUUGAUUAAAACAUUCAACUCAACGGAAGACCAAUCAUCUGAUCUCGAUGAAAAGCAUCAAAUAUCAGAUAAACAAAAGACUGAAAAUUAUUCCGGAAUUUUGUGUGAACGAAUGGCAAACAUUUUCGAGAUAAAUCUUGCUUCAAUUGAAAUGGAAACAACCCAAUUAUCCCUAGAUCAAUCGUUUGGAGACUCGCCAACCCGACAAUCUCAAACACAAAACAGAGUUUCCUUCAAUCAAUCUAUCAUGAUGACACCAAAACACACUGGAGCUGAUCUCACUAGUGAUGAUAUUUCACUAAUACGAAGACGAGGUGGUCAAGGAUCUUUACCAGUUGAUAAACAGGGAGCCGGUGAAAUUAAAUAUCAGGGUAAUCCUGAUCUUCAACCUGUUCGCAGUUAUGAAAUUAGUUUUCUUGUCAGUUUCUUCAUCAUGGUUUCACAAUUCAUUAAUGAAAAAUAUAAUUCCGUGUUCUCUGAACUUUACAAUCGUGAUGAUAUGAUCGGUUGGAUAAGUCAGCUUGUUUUAUCACCGCCCACUUCUUAUUACUAUUUUGAGAAAAAUAUGUCCAGCAGUUGUAAUCCACCUCAACGGAAGAUCGUCAAUUUACCUCCGAGAGUUAAUUUGCGAAAAUUCGCCGAUAGAGCAAUUUAUUGUUACCUAUUUGUCUUCUAUCUUUUAUUUUAUAUCUUCCAUUUCAGUAAAUGGACUAUCUUCUGUUUCGCCACUUGCCUUUAUCUAUUAUCUAUUUUAGUUCAGACAAUUGUGAUAUGGGUUAAUAAUAAUGCUUGAAGCUUAAUAAAUAACAAAUUGUAUUUUUUCUGAUUUUCAA